AUAUCCAUAUAAAAAACGAGCGAAUAUGAUACUCAAGGCAACAGAUUUCACAAUGGGCAAUAAAAUACGUUUCAUUCUAUCGGCGUGGGCGUGUCUAGUACUCUUUGCCGUGCUUGGUGGGCGUACAGACGUGUUGCAACCUACUUCUGCUGCAUAUAGUAACCUGCAACACACGCCGCGGACCUCAAGAGACGCGGAGGGCAGCAGUACCUCUAAAGGUCUUCUGAAGGACCCUGUGGAGUACUUUGAGUCCCUUAAAAAGACAAACGGAUAUUGCAGAAAGCUGGUAACUUUUGGUGGAACAUCGUGUAAGAGGUUGGAGGAUGGAGAUAAACUGGUGUGUUUAGACGACCACCUGGCUAUGCCGAAGAAGCGCUGCCUCGUGUAUUCCUUCGGCGCCGGUGAUGACAUUAGUUUUGAGGACGCCAUGAUUCAGUUUUCGGGUUGUGAGCUUCAUUUGUUCGACCCGACCGUGAACGCCUCGGAUUUACUGGGUAGCGACGAGAAAAUCAAAUUCCACCAAGUAGGUCUCGGUGACAGCGAAAAGAUUAUGGUGAAUAACAAAUCGUCCACGAGCUAUGUAUUCCAACCCUUUGAUAGUAUCCUGCGGCAAAAUGGCCACGUCGGACGAACCAUUCACUAUCUCAAGCUUGACAUAGAGUCUAGUGAAUGGGCGAGACAACACGACAUCCUGUUAAGCCUUGAAGCCAUCGGCUUUCGGAAAAUCAGUUAUAAGGAGAACAUGAACAUGUACGGUUUCGUGAAGAUUCCCUACGAGGAAAACCAGAGGCCGGCGUGUGGGGAGGUUCUCUACGCUCGGGACCCUUCGUCGAUCGGCCGCCUGUCUCUACCCUGACGGAGGAGGAGGAGGGGGGGGGGGGUGCGUGUGUGGGGAGUUGUGUUGGAAUGAACUGGAA